AUUCUUAGCGACAAGGGCGACCUGAGAUCCGAUGGACGACCUGAGCCAUGCGGCGCGCAGGGGCAGGCCUAGCUUUGCUGACCUCUGCCCUCGCGGCGCCAAAGAAGACGUUGCAAGAUGACCCUGUCUUCCAAAAAAAGAACUACCAGGAGAACAUCGAGACGGAUGCUGAGUGCAACCGCAGCCCGCUGUGGGGGCCCUUCCGCGUCCAGCUGCUGCAGACCGCGGAGGAGAUGCGAGUGGAGCUGGCCUACGAGAAGAUGAUGGAGUGGGGCCUCGAGAACGUCACAAAGGUUGACGAGCAGUCGAAGAUUUGCUUGCUGGGCCUCGUGUCCAUGCAGUACUACUUCGCUCACAUGCUCUUAUUCGAGGUUGGCAGCGUCGAGGCGGCAGUGGACGCCUUCCGCAUGAUGGACGAGCACUCGGGGGCCCUUCACCCGGAUCUGCUGGACAAAGCCGCCGGCGCUGGUGAGAUUUGGCCCAUCUCCGCGGAUUCCUUGGACAGCCUGAGGCGGGCGCUGCUGCGCGCGUCCUCGGGGGGCGGCACGGGGGGGCCAGACCGGCGCCGGCGCUUCAAGAACGCCUUCGGGCUCCAUGACGAGGACUGGCACCAGGUCUGGUCCGCCUGGCGCCCCACGGGUGCUCCGGUGGCGCCGGUGGGGCCUCGCGGCCUCGGGGCGGCGAGGCCCACGGCGCCCACGCCGGGCUUCCGGGUCUUCGUCUAUGACCCCGACACCAUCCCAGCGCUGAGGAAACUGGCGCGUGGGGGAUCCUUCUGCAAGCCCAAUCAGUGGGGCAUGGAGGUGGCGCUUCACGACUGGUUCUUGGCUUGCCCUUGCCGGACCGACAACCCCGAGGAAGCGGACUUCUUUUUCGUGCCUCACUACACCUCCUGCCUCAUCAACCACGCGGACACGUUCGCAGGUUGCGACACGAAGCAGCUGUGCAUGCCCACCACGGAGCUCUUUGAGGAGGUGCUCCGAGAGUCGCCCUACUACCGCCGCGUGGACGGGGGACGGAACCACCUCUUCGUGUGGGGCUCCGGGAUGGGCGCGGACGGCCCCUUCGCUUCCUGGCGCCAGUGGGUGCCCAACGCCAUCUUCCUGAUGACGGAGCCGGAGCUCUGGAAUCCCUACAAGGAGGUGGUGCUCCCCUCCUACACGCCGCAUAAGGACAUCAUCGUGCCGGGCCGGCUCACAGUAGACGACAUGAUCUCCCUAGGGAAGAUGGCCAAGCCCUUCACCGAGAGGACGGUGCUGGGGCACUUUAUCGGCUGGCCCAGGCCGCCGCACUUCUCGGUGAUGGACCCCCAGCUCUGCCAGAACAGCAGCUGCCCGCUGAAUGUGCGCUCCGUUCUGCUGGACUUGAAGGACACCGAGGAGUCCAUGCACGUGGACGUGGACGUGCCAUACCUGGAGUCCUUCCUGGGGCUGACCAGCUCUCUGUUCUGCUUCGUGCCCCGCGGCAAGAGCGCCUGGUCCUCGCGGUUCUUCCAGACCUUCUUCGCAGGCUGCAUCCCGGUGCUGCUGAACGACCGCUAUGAGGUGCCCUUUGGGGAGCUGGUGGACGUGCCGAAGGCAGUCAUCAAAUGGCCCAUGACGGAGGUACCAGCAUUGGUGGAGUACCUGAAGCACAUGGCCAUGGAAGACGCGGAGAGGAUGCUGGAGCUCCACGAGGCGGGCAAGGAGCUGAGGUGCUGGUACGCCUGGCCGCCCUCCUGGGUGGAGUGGUCCUGGCUGGAGCUCAACAAGUCCAAGUUCAACCGGACCUGCGAGGAUUGGCACAUCCGCAACGCGUACGUGGCUGUGACCCGCUUGCUGGCCACCAAAGCUGGCACUGGCCGGGGGCGCUUCUACUGGCCCGGCGCUCCGCCGGGGGACCUGCAGCGCCCCCCCGCCAUCUGAGCGGUUCGGACGCGCGUGGAGCGCGUGGAGCGUUCGUCUCCGAGGGGGCA